AUGUGUUUCUUGGGAAUCACAGCUGGAGCUCAUCGGCUGUGGGCACAUCACGCCUACAAGGCCAACUUGCCACUGCGUGUGCUGCUCAUGCUCUUCAACACGGUCAGCAACCAGAGCAGCAUUUACGAUUGGGCUCGUGAUCAUCGGGUGCACCACAAAUUUUCCGAGACCGACGCCGAUCCGCACAAUGCCAAACGAGGGUUUUUCUUUUCGCACAUUGGCUGGCUGCUGGUCCGGAAACAUCCGCAAGUUUUGAGUAAAGGACGGACGAUAGAUAUGAGCGACUUGGAACAGGAUGCAGUAGUCAUGUUCCAAAAGAAGUAUUUUUACCAUUUAACUCUCACUUUCUUCUGCAUUUUGCCAACCCUCAUCCCAAUGUAUUUUUGGGGCGAAUCGCUAAACAACGCUUGGCAUGUGGCAAUGCUUCGUUAUGUGUGGACGCUCAAUGCGACGUUUUUGGUGAACAGCGCAGCUCAUUAUUGGGGCAACAAACCAUAUGACAAGAAUAUGUACGCCGCACAAAAUCUUGGAGUGGCCAUCGCAUCUCUAGGUGAAGGCUGGCAUAAUUACCAUCAUGUCUUCCCUUGGGACUACAAGACAUCCGAGCUUGGCAACUACCGUGCUAAUUUCACAACAGCAUUUAUUGACUUUUUUGCCAAAAUAGGAUGGGCCUAUGAUCUCAAAACUAUUCCGAGAGACACGAUAAAAAGACGAGCAGAACGUACGGGCGAUAGAACCCACGAGGUCUGGGGUAGGGGAGACACAAUUAUGCCUAAUGAAACAGCGAAUAAUACGAGUAUUGAGGUCAAAAAAAUUAAAUAA